AUGUCGGUCCGCCGCGAAGUGGUCUCGCUCUCCCAGCUGCUGCGUCGCAGCGAUUCCUCUGUCGGUCGACAGCACCGACAAACAGCUCACGGCCCGCCGCCGCCGCCGCCAUUGGCCUUACAAACCUCAAGACAAAGACUAACCAAGCCACGACUGGCGGAUCAAGGUCCAAAGAUCGGAGACAGUCGACCACCAAUCAUCAGCUCCGCGCCGUUCACAGACAAGCCACGGAGCUUCACUCAGAAGCGUGCGCGAUGCCGCGUCCGCUUCUCAGCCAGAGAGUCUCCGCUCAAGCUCGGUGUUUGCACCCAUGUCUCAAGAAGGUGA